AUGUCUCCCCCCGCUCCCCAGAUAGAAUACGCCUUCACCCUCCAUGUCGACUUAGGCCCGCCACUUGACUACGGCUCCACCUCAACCGGCGAUAAACGCUUCAUCCCAAUCACGGGCGGAACCGUCUCCGGGCCCAGGUUCGAAGGAAAAAUCCUCGCCAACACAGGUGGAGAUUGGAACGCCGUUCGCGCAGAUGGGGUAGUGCAUCUCUACGCGCGUUACUCCAUCCAAGCAAACGAUGGCACCGUUAUCGGAAUCUGCAAUGAAGGGUACGGAAGAGCUAGUCAAGAAACUAUGAAGGUGGUUUUUGAAGAUGCGGACCCGUCUAAGGCAUCUAUGGCCAACAACGGGGCCGAUUGGUACACGCGCACAAACCCAAGAUUCGAGGUGGACGUCAACAAUGAAAAGUACGGCUGGCUAGGCCGUUCUGUGUUCCUUGGCAAUCUGAAGCCUCCUCAGCGCCCGGUAUAUGUGGAAAUUGAUGUCUAUGAGGUCCUGUAG